AUGAGAGGACUGGUGAGCAGUAGAAAAACAUCCAGAGGCACUGCCAGAAACACGAUGGUAACGCUGUCGGUGGGCAUUGCUGUUGUAAUGGUGAUGGCAGCGGCAGUGGUCGUGUUCCCAGUUGAAGCGGCCGGACUCACAAACUGUCCACCCGGUUGUCAGUGUGAUGACGAUACGCUAGUGGUGACCUGCGGUGAGGGUCAGCUAGACGUGUUGCCGAUCGUGCUGAAUCCCUCCAUACAACGGCUAGUCAUCAAGAACAACAAGAUCAAAACGAUCGACUCUUCGAUGCAGUUUUACGCUGAUCUAACCUUCCUAGAUCUCAGCUAUAAUCACCUCUUCAAUAUGCCACCGCGCACAUUCGCCUACCAACGUAAACUUACCGAGCUGCACCUUAACCACAACAAGGUAGGCUCGAUCACCAACAAAACGUUCGUCGGUUUGGUGGCGCUCACCGUGCUGAACCUUCGCGGUAACUUCCUGGACGAACUGCCCGAGGGUGUGUUCUCCGGAGUGCCGAAGCUGGAGGAGCUAAACCUCGGUCAGAACCGUAUUGCGAAGAUUGACCCGAAGGCUUUUGUCGGGUUAGCCAACCUGCGCGUGCUGUAUCUCGAUGAUAACACAAUCAGUACAGUACCAUCACCAGCUUUGCAUCCACUACGGGCUCUGGGUGAGCUGUAUAUAGGCUUAAAUUCGUUUGCUGCCAUCCCGAAGGAAGCUUUUGCCAUGUUGACCGGGCUUAGCCGACUCGACCUGGAGGGUGCCGCCUUGCUAAACGUUACGCGAGACAGCUUCCGUGGCCUGGAACGACUACGUACGCUCGAUCUCUCCGACAAUCGGUUGAGUCGCAUCCCGACGGCGGAAUUAGCAGUACUCGAACGUCUGGAAGAGCUGGCGCUCGGUCAGAACGAUUUCGAAAGCAUACCGGCAAGCGCGUUCGCCGGUUUGGGUAAUCUCCGGCUGCUGGACAUAUCAGGCUCGUUAAAGCUGACCCGGAUCGAGGGUGGCGCAUUUGCGCACAACACAAACCUGGAGGAAAUUAUAAUCGCCUCCAACAAGGCUCUGACCGACAUCCAAGAGGGUGCGCUCAGUGGAUUGCCACAUCUGAGACGCAUCGUGCUGAAGGAUAACGCGCUCACCACGCUCACCGAUGGCAUGCUGUCAUGGAACGAGCUGGUCGAGCUAGACCUCUCGGAGAAUCCCAUCAUGUGCGAUUGCCAGAUACUGUGGCUUCGCAAUCUGCUCGUGAGCAGAAGCAACGUGACAGCGGCGGGUCAGUCCGCGCCGCAACAGAUUCCGGUUGUAUGUGCGGCACCGGAUCGGUUGCGGGAUCAGGCACUGCAGAGUCUUUCGCCGGAGCUGCUCGGUUGCACACAUCCCGACCGUCAGCAGCAGGCCAUCAUCUGUGUGGUGCUGGUCAGUGCUGCCGCCGUACUGACGGCGCUCGCGCUCGUCAUCUACAAGUGCCGGCGACGUAUCCAGGAGGUGGUGAAGGGUAGCUGGGGCAGCAACGGCAUUGGGCGGAAGGAGCGCGAGUAUCAGAAGACGUUCUCGGAGGAGGACUACUCCGCGCGGCAUCCACAUCCGGGGCCGCCGGGCGGUGGGCUUGCGAUUCAUCCGACCACGCUGAACAACUAUCAGAUCAACAACCACCAUCACCACUCGCACGGCAUCCGGCACAUUCCGGUCACGGAACUAUAG